AUGGAGCUCACCAUGGAGAACCUUCACAGCGUCUCCUCGCACUCCCAGGCGGGGGACCUCAUGAGCUCUCCCCACGCGCGACCGUCGCCAUCCCCCAGCUCCACUCCUCGGAAUCUGGUCUCCCACGCCGGAGCGCGGUCAGCCAUGGUGUCCGGCAUGGCCUCACUCCUGGAGGGCUCCGGCGGGGACUACAGGACAGACCCCACCGCGCUGUCCGGGCACCUGCACCCGUCCAUCAGCAUGUGCGAGACCGGGAUGAGCCUUAGCAACACGUACACCACCUUGACCCCCCUGCAGCAUCUACCUCCAAUAUCCACCGUGUCGGAUAAGUUUCACCACCCGCACUCACACCACCACGCUGCCGCCCAUCAGCGACUCUCUGCGAGCAAUGUCAGUGGGAGCUUCACGCUGAUGCGGGACGACCACCGGGGGCUCGCCUCCAUGGGUAAUCUGUACAGUCACUACCCCAAAGAGAUGUCCGUGUCGGGCAUGGGCCACGGCUCGCUCUCCCCUCUGUCCAGUGGGCUGGGUUCUUUGCACAACUCCCAGCAGCCACUAUCAGCCUACGGGCCGAGUGCGCACCUCUCCACCGACGCCAAGAUGCUCUCCCCGGUGUCGGGCUUUGAAUCCCACGCGUCUAUGCUGUCCCGAAGUGACCAAGAGCACCUGGCCAGGAGUUUAGGAGGGCAUGGCCACGGCAUGAUCUCCAACCUCAACGGUAUGCACCACCACCCACACAGUCACCUCCACUCCCAGUCCAACGGUGCGGUGAUGCUCGGUGACCGGGAGCGACACGGUCACGGAGGGAGUCAAGGAGUAGCAGGGUCAGGCAUCCAGGCAGAGGAAAUCAACACAAAGGAAGUGGCUCAGAGGAUAACGGCAGAGCUAAAGCGGUACUCCAUCCCACAGGCCAUAUUCGCCCAGAGGAUCCUGAGCCGGUCACAAGGCACUCUGUCAGACCUGUUAAGAAACCCCAAACCCUGGAGUAAGCUCAAGUCAGGCCGCGAGACCUUUAGGAGGAUGUGGAAGUGGCUGCAGGAGCCCGAGUUCCAGCGCAUGUCUGCUCUUAGGCUGGCCGCAUGUAAGCGUAAGGAGGAAGACCGAGGACGAGAGCGCAACCAGGUGCCAAAGAAGCAGCGGCUGGUCUUCACAGACCUGCAGCGCCGUACCCUGGUAGCCAUCUUCAGAGAGAACCGCCGUCCUUCCAAAGAGAUGCAGAUCACCAUCUCCCAGCAGCUGGGCCUGGAGCUGUCCACCGUCUCCAACUUUUUCAUGAACUCACGCCGCCGCUGUCCGGACCGCUGGGACGCAGAGGAGCACAGUCACGGCGUCCACGGCCACGUGCACACCUCCCACGGAAGCAGCAACAACAACAACCCUUCGCCGAUCCUACCCGGUACCUCCUCUGCAGCCACCUUCUCCAAGGCCUGACGGCGGCAGGAUGUAUGUCUGAGAAGAUGCACGGACGAUGGAGGGGGGUGUUUUUUUCCACAGUUCACCAGUCCACUAGUGGGCUUUAACUCCGACCCCGAUGAGGUACAGGGUGUGCAUCCAGUAACAUCGGACCACUGAUCUGAUCCAUCUGCUCCAGGUGUUGACGGCUUGUGCAGAUGAAUCAGAUCAUCUCAGUGACUCGUUUCAAUCUGAAUGUUACUCUUACAUUUCUAAAUGUGGCUCUUCAAACCAAAGAUCCAGAAACUUUUAAGAGAGUUGAUCUAAAACAACCACAUGUGGCUUUUAGUCAAAUCCAGAACACCAAAGAUCCAGCUCACCUAAACCACACUGUGCUGAGCAGAGCAGACUGAGGUCAUGCUUUAAAGCUUUAGAUCGGUUUAGAAAGUUUGUUUUGCAGAACCUGUGCUUUGCUGGGAAUGUAAACAUUACCAAACAAUCACACUUGACAGGGAACUGGUAGCUUUAAGAAAAUCAGUCACAAAUCAGAGGGUAGAUGUGUCUGCUGAGCCGUGAUCGACCGCUUCUGUUUCAGUGGACGCUGAUGAAGAGGUGUGUUCGUGUGUCAAGUGUCUGUGAAUCGCUCUCGGCAGCUCCUUUGACCCUCUAACCACAUACCACCAAGCAGCUUUGCAUCACCGCAUGCUUGUGCGUCAGGCGUGUGCAUGUGCGUAAUGUUCACAUGCUGCGUGUGCUCCAGGGGUGUAAUUCCUCUGCAGUGAUUUAACCCGAUCUGUGUCCAAGUAACAGCGCCACCUGCUGCCCAUCUAAACCACAUCUGACCACGUUCAGAGCAUGUUGGUGUACUGUACAGUUCCAGCUUGUAUCUCCAGCAGGUUCACAGCAGCACAGUGUAGCCUGCAGUGUAGAUGUAACACACUGUUAGGGCUCAGAUCCUCUAGAAAAGCCUAUGUGUAGCUCUGCAAACAUACUGAGACAAAUUAAGACAACUUGAUCAUCCACAAACCCUUUGAUACGUAUUUGAAUGUUCGUUUCUAAAGACUCUGUCUUGUUUGUGGGUGCAUGGCCGUAGACCAUGUGGCCACUUGAGAGGUUAUUUUCAGGUUACAUAAGGAGAACAAUCAAACAGGGAUGAGAUGCCCCACAGUAAAAAGCGUCAUCCCUGAGUGUAGGCAGUGAGGGAGGGAGGUCUGCUCUGUUCUAGUGGCCAAACACAGAGGUCAAAUGUCACAAUAUAGGAUCCUGAGUGCCAAUGAUGUUUGCCUCUUUAUGAUAAUCAGAGAACAGAUGCAGCUCACUCUGUCAUCAUAUGCCCCGCUGUGUCUGGCCUGCGUCAUAACAACCUUCAAACUGCAAGCACUACGGGCACGUUGCCUAUUCCAUACCUCAGAAAAAACACAUUGAUGUGAUCAACAUUAACACAAUGACAAGUACUGUAAAUAUUCUUCUUUAAUUUCAUCUCUUUCUCUCUGUCUCUCUCUGUCUAAACUUAUUUAUUCUCUAUCUACUCUCUUGCUACCCCUCUUGUUGUGUCUCUCUUUCAUUUUUCCCUCCUUAAUAUUGAUGCGGGUAAUAAUAGUACCAUAGACACAUGGUUCCUCUCUCAUGACUAUUGUGCUAUGUUGUGCUGAAACUAUAUGUAAAGAAGCACCUUGUUGACAAAAUGUAAAAACCUAAAGAUUAAAAAAAAAAAAAAAAAAAGACGAAUCAACAUGUCACAGACUGACCCUA